AUGUCUUGCCUCGCAAGGAACAUACUCGCCGCCAGCAUCUUCUCCAUCGAAGGUCUCGUCACGGAACUUGGUAAUGAUCCUGACGCGAGAGCCAGUCGUACGAUUCCUGCCAAGAUCAUGCAGAUUCAGAGUGCCCUCGGCAACUUCAAGAGCAAGGUGAUGGACCCCUCGCUAACGCUUCUUACGGAGACAAGUGAAGAACGAAGAGCCCGCAUCAUGGUGGGCGUGAUGGAAAGGGCCAAAGAGAGUGACGCUUCCAAUGCUCACCAAUCCCUCCAUUGGUCGGUGGCCGUCAGCACCAUCUCUCUCGCGAGCAUGGCUAGCGCUGUCUCUUCUACCAGUGUCAGCGCAGUUGCCAGUCCCAGCCUCGAGGAUGUGAAGCAGGGUGUGACUACGACGUCCGCAGAACAGCCGACGAACACCAACCUCGAGGAGAAACAGGAUGACUCUGUGCCUACCAGCGUGCUCAAAGACGACGUCCAUAGCAUCAUCGACAGCUUGGUCAGGCCACCGUCGCCCGUUCCAGCUUUCAUUCCAGCUCUUGCCUUUAUCUCAGAGGAAUCCGACCAGAGCAUCGGCUCGGCAGUUCUUGACCCAAUCAUUGUCAAAGAUUCCAUUCCUCGUGACGCUCAGCUAUCCUCCGGAUCCUGCACUCACGGAUUCGAGGAUGUCUUUCAUGAUGAUGAGGAAGAUUACGACGAGGAUUCCUAUUUCGAAUCACAGUGGUCUGGGUUCGGGAUCGAUGAUAAGCUAGUCAUCGGUUUCUGCGACGGUGAGCCUGAAGGCGAGACUCUAGGGAUGCACACAUCACGAUUCCUUUACACUUCUAAGUCGGAGCCUACCAUCUCUUCCCAAACCCGUGAAGAAUCGGCAGCGAUUAGCGUCUCAAUCUCCAGCUCGUUCCUCUAUUCCAGUCAUUCGAUCGUCAGAGCACCCGCACCUGAUGUCAUUCUCGCUUGGGUGAAACAAGCUGCUUUAUUCGAGGUCAGAUUCAAGCACCAUGCGCAUGUAGUCCAGUGCACACCAACCAAGUCAUUCCAUGGCGAGCUCCAUCUGGCAGAGGAAGGCGGUUUCCAGCCGCUCAGCGUAGACAAUGUUCUCCCGGUCGCUUCCAAGAAGCGCGUCCCUGUCAUGUCCUCCUCGGCGUCGGCUCCGUGUCUGUCGCCCACUCCGCCUUCGUUGUACGGCGAUCUUUCGACAUCGCGUUCGGACUCCAUCGGCCUCUCGCUCCGGAUCUCGGACAUACUCGAGCUUCUCCCAAGCGCGACUUCUCGUAACGAGGAAAGCACAAAGAAGGCUUCGAGUAUCCUUCCGAACAGUCGUCUCACCGAACGCCCGCAUUCGUCAGCGCACACCGACAUCUUCACACCCGACGUCGUCGAGGAUGCCACCGACAAGUCCAAGGUCGAAUCUCCAUUUCCGGACGCUACGCCUGCCAAGUCAACUAUAGUCGCAGCAUCCAAGUCGAUCACCAUCACUCCCUCCUCUCUUGGCCUUUCGUUCAUAACUUUCGACUCCCCCCUAUUCUCUUCCGACGCUACACCUUCUACCCAUUCAACGCCUUCUUCAGCUCCGUCGUCGCCCCCACCCACUACACCAUCGCCGGAUCUCAACCAUUUUAUCAAGCCCCUGAUCGUCGCCAGGACACUUGAUGCCGAUGCCUCGCCCCGUUCGCCGAGCUCCUUCUUCAAAGUCAAGUCGGAAUCCAUACGAUCGUUCUUCAGCCUUUCUCCGUCCACGAAGGCCGACAUCACCCGCACCAAGUCCGGCAGGGUCUCUUCGUUGCGCUCGUUCUUCACGCCAAACAAGACCAAAGAUACCCUGUUUUCGCCGGUGAAUGCUCCUCGUUGGUCUGCCGACUCGGGUUGUUCCUCGCCCUCAAGUUGCUCGUCUCCGGCGACUCCCGUUAACCGCGCUCGCGCUCGCCUCGUUCCAUUCCGAAACAAGCCCACUUUAUCCUCGAAGCUUCCCUUCUUCAAGCGUUCUGUUGUUCGCAUUUGA